AGAUUUGUAACUUCCCCUUUUAAAAUAGCGCUCACAUGAAUCGCUACAACAGCGCUGUAACGGACGAGGUUUGGUCGGUGGAGUCGGAAGGUGUAGCAUAUAAGAAAGCUACUAUAUUUGGAAAACAGGUUAUCUAACGUUAUACAUUAUUUGUUGAAAUAGAGGAUCGGGACAGGAUUUUUCUGCUGUCCUAAUCGAUGGCGCCUCGGCAGCUGAACGUGUGGCCAGAAUGUCAUUCUGCAUGAUCUGAACGAAAUAUCGCUGCACUUCGUAUUUUUCCCCAAGGACGGGUGAACGCUUUGGAUCGGUUUUUAUUUUCUGCAAAAAUAAUGGCGUUCUUGUUAAAUAGGAUUAUGAAAGGAUGUCCUCUGUCUCGCUGACCUGACUCAUCGCCGUCGCUCUGGACUGUUUAUGAUUUUGUUUUUAAUUUUCACAAAAGAUCUUUGCCCUUCAUGCAAAUAUCGCACGACAAAUGCGCACAAUACUGAAUGCUAUGGGGUUGAACGAGUGAUGUCAGUUUAUUGUGCUCAGACGGGAAAUGCUGGUCUCAAGGAUGUGACUCGACGGGAAUACGGUUCAGUGAUUUGCCAUUCCAGCCCGAGCGCGUCCUAAUCGCUCAUGAUGCACAGAGGUUUACGGAGACUCGUGCACCUGGUGCUGUUUUGCCCUCUGUCGAAGGGGCUGCAGAGUCGUCUCCCGGUGUUAAAGGUGAAGUACCUGCUGCUGGCCUGGUUGGGUAUCCUGGUGGCCAGCUGGGUCCUCUACAUGCAGUAUGCCUCCUACUCCGAGCUCUGCCGAGGACAUGUCUGCCACAUGGUCAUUUGUGACCACUACAGAAGCGGAAUUGUCUCAGGGUCGUCCUGCAAGGCCCUAUGUGAGGAAAGGACUCUGACCCUGCAGCGAUGCAUGUCCACCUCCUCCACACAUCAGGUGUACAGUGGUGUGUGGAAGGAGAGGCCUGUGGUCAUUAAGUGUGGUCUGGAGGAGCCUCUGAAGGGAGACGGUGCUCCUGACUCUGUACUGAGACAGGAAAUGACCCUGUUUGACAAGCCCACCCGCGGGACCUCCAUGGACGAGUUCAGAGAGAUGCUGCACAGCUUUCUGAAGUCUAACCUAGGGGAGCAGCCCUCUCUCACCACCUUGGUAGGGCGUGUCAUCACCCUGGCUGACGUCAACAAGGACAGCAAGGUGUCCCUGGCCGAAGCCAAGUCUGUGUGGGCUCUCCUCCAGAUUAACGAGUUCUUGCUGAUGGUGGCUCUGCAGGAGAAGGAGCAUACCCCUAAACUGUUGGGCUUCUGCGGGGAUCUGUACGUUACUGAGCGCGUGAGCCACAGCUCCCUCUACAGGCUGGCGGUCCCCAGCUACCUGCAAGCGUUAGUCCCGGAGGCCCUAAGCUCCAGCAUGAACCAGUGGCUGGCCCCGGCGUGGCCCCGGAGGGCCCGCAUCACCAUCGGCCUGCUGGAGUUCAUAGAAGAGGUGUUCCACGGGGCAUAUGGCAGCUUCCUGAUGUGUGAUGCCAGCCCGCGCCAUGUGGGCUACAACUUCAAGUACGACUGCAAGAUGGCCGACCUGCGCAGUGUGGCGUCUGAGACGGCAGUCCGGGAGUUCCUGCGGGGGCGUCACUGCGAGACCAACGCUGACUGCACCUUUGGGAGUGACUGCACGGCCACCUGCGAUCGGUUGGUGAAGCAGUGUAACACGGAAGUGAUCCAGCCCAACCUGGCCAAGGUGUGUGUGCUGCUACAAGACUACCUGCUGUUCGGGGCGCCCCAGGACCUCCGUACAGACCUGGAGAAGCAGCUCAGCACCUGUGUGACGCUCAGCAGCCUGGCUAGCCAGAUGGAGGUGCACCACUCACUGGUCCUCAACAACCUCAAGACCCUGCUGUGGAAGACCAUCUCCAACACACAGUACUCCUGAGGACCAGAGAUACUAGGAUCCUGGCUCAGACCUGGGUCAUAUUCAUUAGAGAACUUGACUCGGGUAGACCUAACAUUAAUUUGUGGAUGUCCAUCUAUUUCAUGUUACAAAUUUCAAUUUGAGUCCAAUGUUAGCUAGGUGGCAGUUAUGCUAAGUAGUUGGACAUUAGCAUUAUACGCACACCCAGCCACCUUGUUUUUGCCUGGCGUGUCCUGGAUUUGUUUACUGUUACAUCUAGUCAGGAACGCUGCGCUCCUGAGUGGCGCAACAGGGUUGGAGUCCCAUAGGGCAGUGCACAAUCGGCCCAUGUCGGCUGUCAUUGUACAUAAGUCAAAUUCUUAAUGUUGAUAGCGUGCCCUGAUGAAUACAACCCUGAAGUUCCCCCAAUAGAACUUCAACCAGGGCAAAACUACAGGACCUGCCGAUAAGGGAAGCAUGUCCAAACUCUACGUCAUUUACUCUAGAGGUACUUGUACUUUUCUUAGAGCCAUGCUGAAAACUUAAAUUGGAAGGUUGAUGUAUGCUCUGGGCCUUGCGACGGUCAUUUUAAACUCUACUUAAGAGAAGUCGUACUUAAUAAACUAGUGCCAUGAAAAAAAUCUGAUGUAACUGUAUGGUGAGUUUUAAUGCAUUUCCUGUCCGGAAUAUGAUCCACUCAGACAGCUAGAGGCAUAAAAAAGGAUUUCUCAUGGGAAGAUCCCGUAACCAAUCUGGAACAAGUAGACUGCACUCCAAACAAUGGCCAAUAUACAGCCACUUAUGGGGAACUUUGAAAGCCAUCCUGUUUAGAUCAGCCAACGUUAAAAAAAAAAAUUAAGUAUUUGUAAUGACAAUGACACCAAUACUGAAUGAAUACUUGUUACAUGAAUCCAUUUAGCCUCUAAUGAAACAUGUUCAAUUUAGUUUAAAUUAUGCAAUAAGUCCCAUGUUAAAAAGCUAACGUUUAAGUUCCUUGCUCAGAACGAGUCUUCAAUAUUCCCAGGUAAGAAGUUUUAGGUUGAGGUUAUAGGACUCUCUCUACACCAUUGAUUAUUGGAUGUUCUUAUAGGCACUUUAUUGCCAGUGUAACAGCAUAGCUUCCGUCCCUCUCCUCACCCCUACCUGGGCUUGAACCAGGAACACAGCCACCCUCGAAGCAGCGCUAGGGUUUCAAAGCGAGUGACGUCAACGAUUGAAUCACAAUUAGCUCAAACUUGAAAAUACCGAGUGCAAUGAACGCAAGUGACAAUUCCCCGCUAACAUGAACCGCUUUUAAGUAGAUGUGUAUUGAUGUUUAUAGGUAGGUAUGAUUGUGCUUAUUUUCACAAAUGCGCUUUUAUUAAAUCAUCCCGUUUGGUGAA